AUGAAGGACGUGCUAAUAGCAUGUGUUGGCAAGCCAUCAGCCGGAAAAUCAAGCUUUCUGAAUGCUCUAACUGAUGCAACUAGCAAAGUUGGCAAUUUCCCCUUCACGACGAUCACUCCAAAUACCGGUGUUGCUUAUUGUCCUUUUGAGUGCCCUUGUAAGAGAUUCGGGAAGCAGGCACAGUGUAGGCCUAGAUAUGGAAAAUGCGUGGACGGUAAACGGUUCGUGCCGGUUAGGAUUCUAGAUGUCGCAGGACUUGUGCCUGGAGCGUCAGAAGGCGCUGGACUUGGAAACCAAUUCCUGGACGACUUACGGACUGCGGAUGGGUUUAUCCACGUUGUGGAUGUCAGUGGCACUACUGAUCAGGAUGGAAAGGAAACACUGAACUAUGAUCCAAUUAAUGAUAUUGAUUGGCUGAUAUCUGAGAUUCGCAUGUGGAUUUUAAAUAAUUUGUUGAAGAAAUGGAACAAUACAGUUAGGAGGCAUGUUGCUACCAAACAAGCAGUAGCUGAAACCUUGCAAUUACAACUAAGUGGAUAUGGGUGUAAUCUAGCUCUAACACAGAAAGUGCUAGACAAGUCAGGAAUAAAAGAUCCAUUAGAAGCGUGGGAUGACGGCAAGGUGAAAGACUUUGUCGAUACCUUUCUGGAUGUGAGAUUUCCUACUGUUGUGGCCCUAAAUAAGAUUGACUUGCCUGAUUCCGACAAGAACAUUGAUCGGAUAUGUCGUCGUUAUGAUCAGUCCAAGAUCGUCUUGACGAGUGCACUGGCUGAGAACUUUCUUAGAAGGCUGCAUAAGCAACGCUUCAUAAAUUACGUGGAGGGUGCCGAUCACUUUGAAUUGAGUGAAGAUCAGCCGCCAGAUACUCCUGACGAACUGAAACUCAAACCAUUGGAUGAAAAGACUCGAUCUCGACUUGAGAAAGUCCAGGAUUUAGUCUUGUUUCGCUAUGGAAAUACCGGCGUCACAGAUACGCUUAAACGUGCUGUAGAGCUGCUGGGUGUCAUACCCGCUUUCCCAGUCAAGAACAUAAACAAUUUCUCUGGAGAAAUUGGUCGUGACAAGGGCAUUUUCAGGGACUGCAUAUUGAUCAGACCUGGUACAACUGUUAGGGAGUUUGCGAAGCUUGUGUCUGAUCAACUGUAUCUGUAUUACUGGUACGCUGAGACGGUCGGCAAUGUCAGGAUGGGAGAAGAUGAUAUCGUGACAUUGGAGAACAAUAUCAUAUCGUUUAAAACUACACAGGCGUUACAACCGUCUGUUGCAUCUGGUGGUGGUGGUAAGACGCUUGGAUCUAAAUCGUAG